AUGCUGCGCGUUUCAAUUAAAAAGUCUCAAACUGCUUAUGUUCCAGCAUGUCUUACAGUAUUAUCUAAAAGUUCUCGAACGCCAGUACUAUCGCGAUAUUAUUCAACUCAUAAAGAACUUAAAUUUGGUAUUGAAGGACGAGCUUCUCUAGUACAAGGUGUUGACCUUCUUUCAAAGGCGGUCGCGGUUACACUUGGUCCUAAAGGGCGUAACGUGUUGAUUGAACAACCUUAUGGUAGUCCGAAAAUAACAAAGGACGGUGUCACGGUGGCAAAAAGUAUAACACUUAAAGAUAAGUUUGAAAAUCUUGGUGCUAGAUUGGUUCAAGAUGUUGCAAAUAAAACAAAUGAAGUUGCUGGUGAUGGUACAACUACUGCAACGGUUCUUACUCGCGCUAUUUUUGUUGAAGGUGUGAAAAAUGUUGCUGCAGGUUGUAAUCCGAUGGAUCUUCGUCGUGGUGUUCAAUUAGCUGUAGAUGCAAUUGUUCAAUUUUUAAGGGAAAAAAGUCGUGUUGCAACAAUAUCUGCAAAUGGUGAUACACAUGUUGGUAAACUUAUUGCUAAUGCUAUGGAAAAAGUUGGGAAAGAAGGUGUUAUCACAGUAAAAGAAGGAAAAACAAUUGAAGAUGAAUUAGAAAUAACCGAGGGCAUGCGAUUUGAUCGUGGAUACAUUUCUCCUUAUUUCAUAACUGAUACUAAAACUCAAAAGGUUGAAUUUGAAAAACCUAUUAUCCUUCUCUCUGAAAAGAAAAUUUCUGUAUUACAAGAUAUUCUUCCAAGUUUAGAAGCUGCUGCUCAACAACGUAGACCACUUCUUAUUAUUUCUGAAGAUGUUGAUGGUGAAGCUUUGGCUGCUUGUAUAUUGAAUAAACUUCGUGGAAACCUUCAAGUUGUUGCUGUUAAAGCUCCCGGAUUUGGUGAUAACCGCAAAUCUAUCUUGGGUGAUCUAGCUAUUUUGACCGGUGGUACUGUUUUCUCUGAUGACUUGGAUAUAAAAUUGGAGCGUGCAUCACCAGAACACUAUGGUUCUACAGGUUCUGUCACUAUUACUAAAGAGGAUACCAUUCUUCUUAAUGGUGAAGGUUCUAAAGAAAGUAUUAAUCAACGUUGUGAUCAAAUUCGUGCCGCUAUUAAUGAUCCUACUGUUUCUGAUUACGAAAAAGAAAAGUUACAAGAAAGACUUGCAAAAUUAUCGGGUGGGGUUGCUGUUAUUCGUGUAGGUGGUUCUUCUGAAGUUGAAGUCAAUGAAAAAAAAGAUCGAUUUGUUGAUGCUUUAAAUGCCACACGUGCAGCUGUUGAGGAAGGAAUUGUACCUGGUGGUGGUGUAGCAUUAUUGAAAUCUAUUAAAUGUUUAGAGUCCUUAAAACCCACGAAUUUUGAUCAACAAUUGGGUGUAAAUAUCAUAAAGACUGCUCUUCAAAAACCUGCAAAAACUAUUGUUGACAAUGCCGGUGAGGAAGGUUCCGUGGUUGUAGGUAAACUAAUAGACGAUCAUGGAGAUAAUUUCAACUUUGGUUAUGAUUCUGCCGCUAGUCAAUAUGGCGAUAUGAUUGCACGUGGUAUUGUGGAUCCAUUAAAAGUUGUAAGAACUGCUCUUGUUGAUGCCUCUGGUGUUGCAAGUUUACUAACAACAACAGAAUGCAUGAUUACUGAUGCACCUGGUUUGUAA